GUCAUUCAAUCAUUCUGCAAUGAUAGAGAACGCUUGCUUUCAUGCACUUAUAUUUGAUUGGCUUCUUUUUCCUUUGUUUUAAGCUAACAGGAGAAAAAGGUUGUUUGUAAAUACGUGACCUUAUUUACACUAUCGUAAGUAAAGUGACGUUUAAUUUUGUAUUUAUUUAACUGAUAAGAAAUACCUCUUCUUUGACAGCUUGAUAUGAAGUUCGGUCAGUCUUAAGGUUCUCUUGAAAAUGAAGAUAAAAAUGCGUUAGCCUUAUUUGCUGUGAAAGCAGGAUGCAUAUUUGUCCUGACUGAAAAAAAUAGUACCUGAAGUUACCUUCACCAUGACCCUGUCAGAUUUUAUUGGAGCCCUGAAGGACAAUCCUUAUUUUGGGGCAGGAUUUGGACUAGUUGGUGUUGGCACGGCACUUGCAGUUGCCAGAAAAGGAGCACAGGUUGGCAUGAUUUUCUUUCGGAGGCAUUACAUGAUCACUCUGGAGGUUCCAAGCAAAGAUAAAAGUUACCACUGGCUCUUAAGCUGGAUCACCAAACAUGCCAAACACACACAGCAUCUGAGUGUAGAGACCUCAUACAUGCAGCACGAGAGUGGGAAAGUCCACACACAGUUUGACUUCCACCCAAGCCCAGGCAACCACAUCAUAUGGUAUGGAAGGAAGUGGAUCAGAGUGGAGCGGGUCAGGGAGAAGCAGAUGAUGGACCUGCACACUGGAACGCCCUGGGAGUCUGUCACCUUUACUGCUUUGGGAAGAGACCGCCAGACAUUCUUCAACAUACUUCAGGAAGCACGUGAACUUGCUUUAAAGCAGGAAGAGGGCCGGACAGUGAUGUACACUGCAAUGGGAGCGGAGUGGAGACCCUUUGGUUUUCCAAGGAGAAGACGGCCGCUGUCUUCAGUAGUGCUGGAGAGUGGAGUGGCGGAGAGGAUUGUGGAUGAUGUAAAGGAGUUCAUAGGCAAUCCUAAGUGGUACACUGACAGAGGCAUUCCAUACAGGAGGGGAUAUUUGCUGUAUGGCCCACCUGGCUGUGGAAAGAGCAGCUUUAUAACUGCUCUGGCAGGUGAGCUGGGCUACAGCAUCUGUCUGAUGAGUCUGAGCGACCGCAGCCUGUCUGAUGAUCGCCUCAAUCACCUGCUAAGCGUCGCUCCGCAGCAGAGCAUCAUCCUGCUGGAGGACGUAGAUGCAGCCUUUGUCAGCCGCGAGCUGCUGCCCACCGAGAAUCCACUGGCCUAUCAAGGUAUGGGACGGCUUACGUUUAGUGGGCUUCUGAAUGCUCUGGAUGGAGUGGCAUCUUCAGAGGCCCGAAUUGUCUUCAUGACUACUAAUUUCAUUGAGAGACUCGAUCCGGCUCUCGUCCGCCCCGGCCGUGUGGAUCUGAAGCAGUAUGUUGGCCACUGCUCGCACUGGCAGCUGACUCAGAUGUUUCGGAGGUUUUACCCUCAGGAGUCUGCAGCCGAGGCAGAUCACUUCUCUGAACAAGCACUGGCCGCUCACACAGAUCUUAGCGCCGCUCAGGUACAAGGACACUUCAUGCUCUACAAGACUGACCCAGCCGGGGCUAUCAAAAACAUUGCAGAGAUUAAGGACUGAAGAUUUUCAUAGACUUUUGUUUGAAGAGCAGUCAAGAGCAACAGUUCUUGCUCACAAAUUAAUGCUCAAAAAUUGGAGUAAUAAAAUAAGACUUG